AUUAACCAACCUUUUCAGUGCUGAAGACUCGAUGUCAGCGUGACGUGUGGUUUGGAGGAGGAACUUCGUCCUACUUCUGUGCGAGAGCCACAGUUUUCGCCAUUAAUAACAGUUUCGUACUUGGUAGUUUGAAACUUCGACCUGAGAGUAUCCCAAGCCAAGCAGUCUGCUGGAGAAUUUACCAGGAAGGAAGAUCCUUGCCACGAUGGAUUUGAACGACGAGGGCUCCCACUUCGAGCUCAAGGAGAUUCAGACACUUAGUGGUCACACCGAUAGGGUUUGGAGUCUGGCCUGGAAUCCGGCCACCGGAACUGACGACACGCAGCCGGUUAUUGCUUCCUGUAGCGGCGAUAAGACUGUCCGAAUCUGGGAACGGAGUGCCUUGACUCGUUCUUGGGACUGCAAGGCAGUUUUGGAAGAAACACAUACUAGAACAGUUCGAUCGUGUACCUGGUCCCCUUCUGGGAAAUUAUUGGCUACAGCCAGCUUCGAUGCGACCACUGCCAUUUGGGAGAAUGUUGGGGGUGAUUUUCAAUGUGUUUCCACUUUAGAGGGUCAUGAAAAUGAAGUCAAAAGUGUGUCUUGGAAUGCGUCUGAAUCUCUAUUGGCGACGUGUAGUCGAGACAAAACUGUUUGGAUUUGGGAAGUGAUGCCAGGGAAUGAAUUCGAGUGUGCUUCAGUGCUGCAGGGCCACACACAAGAUGUUAAGAUGGUUAAGUGGCAUCCAACCAUGGAUAUUCUAUUUUCCUGUAGCUAUGAUAAUACCAUUAAGGUCUGGGCUGAGGAUGAUACUGGUGAUUGGCACUGCAUUCAGACCAUAGGUGAAUCUAGCAAGUACUACCUUAAAUCCCUUCCUAAAAUUGGCCACUCUUCUACUGUUUGGGCCAUUUCUUUCAACGCUGAAGGGAACAAAAUGGUUACAUGUAGUGACGAUCUUACCUUAAAAGUAUGGGAAGCAGAUAUUGAGGGAAUGAGAUCUGGUGAUGAUCAAGUACUUUGGAAACAUAUUUCUACACUCACAGGGUAUCAUGAUCGUACAAUCUUUUCAGUUCACUGGUCAAGGGAAGGUAUUAUAGCCAGUGGAGCAGCAGAUGAUGCCAUUCGGUUUUUUGUUGAAAGCAAAGACAGUGCGGUUGAUGGCCCUUCUUAUCGAUUGUUGUUGAAGAAGGAAAAAGCCCAUGAUAUGGAUGUAAACGUAGUGCAAUGGAGCCCCGGGGAAAAUCGGGUUUUGGCUUCUGCAAGUGAUGAUGGCACGAUAAAGAUAUGGGAAUUAGCAGCCAAUAGUACUUGAUGAACAUACAGAGUCUUUUAAUCUGUGCAUGAUCAGGCAUCAAUGGUGUUGUAUUAUUUAUCUGAACUGGGAGAAUUGUUGUUCCAUUCUACCGAAAGCUAUCUCGUUAUGAGAUGAUGCAGCUCAAAUAGAUGUUAGGUCCAGAGUAUACUCUCCUACAUUGCUUUCUUAUUGUUUCGAAUCAUCCUCAAAUGUAACGAAUCGACCAAAACUAUAGCAGAACUGCAAUUCGAGUCAGUAAGCUGAUGCAAGUUUCUAUAUUCACUGUGACUAAAGCAUUGCUCUUCUCGUACUUUUUUCCUGUGCUGAAAUUUGUUUCAUAGUAAAUUAACAAGUAGAUGUGUGCUCAAUACAUGGAAGGGAAAACUCUCAUUGUGAAGAAGUAUGAAGAUGCCAACAAAUACACGAGAAUGGAAAUACAGAAGAACUCGAAAGAGGACGAAUGUUCAUGCAGAGCUUAUUAAUGUUCUAUAGCAUUGAUCAUUUUCAACACCUGUUUCCAAUGCUCAAUCCCUGGGGACUUGGAGUCCUUAACCUAGUCCUCAAUCCCUGCUGAGCUGCGAGAGCAUCACGAGCCGACAUGAUGCCAUUCGACACGAUCGCAGCGUCGAAGGCAGAACAGUCGAUCCAAUCCUUGAGCAGCUCUUCCUGUCCCCAAGUCUCUGGGAUCCAAACUCGUCCGGCCACUUCUACCCUGUGCCUCUUCAGCUUCUCCCGCCCACACCACCCGUCUUCCUCUUCCUGCAGCAACGAUGGCGUUGUUGUUGUUGUUGCAGUUUCCUCCACCUCCACUGCUCCGUCCCUGCCAGUAAUGCUACUGUCCAACCCCUGCCCUGCUGUUGCUGCUGCUGCUUGUUCUUCUUCCCAAUUGCGACUAAGGGGAUUCGAAGGCGACGAGGAGGAAGUUAUGCUUGUGCCAUGCCUGUCCUUUGCUUUCUUCUCUUGCUGGUGGCUGUCUGGUGUGGUGUUAACACAAUGGCUAGAUGAUGCUAGUACUGUUGCGUGAGCUUCUUCAGCUGUAGAUUCCAAGGGGUAUUCUCCACUGGGAUUCAUGGUGCCUGAGCUUGUUGUCAAACUCUUCGACGUACUCGACAUCCUAGGUAGCGUUGAAGCGGGAAGACGAAGAAGAAGUUGCGGGAUGGGAUGGAAUGAUUGCAGCAAGUAGAGAGGAAUGGUGGUGGAAAGGGAAGAAGAUAGAUGGAGGGUUG